AUGUCCGAUGAGGAAUGCGUUCGGGUUAUUACGACAACAAAUUCCAGAGCGCCUACCAGCGAAUGUUAUGAUAUUAUGGCAUUUUCUGAGAACAAUCCUUCCCUAAAAUUCAAAGAUCGAACGACAGAUUCUAGCGAUUUAAAGGAAAUUUUCGGUAAAUUUGACUCUUCGCAAGCCAUCAGCACAGAAAUUCGAAGUCGCACGCGAUAUCUAUGCGCGAAGUACUUGAGCGGAGCUUGGAGUCGAAUAGGUCUUGAUCAAUUCCGAAUAAAGCCGAUCACCGGUGGCAUGUCGAAUUUACUAUUUUUGGUGGAGUUAGCACCAGGAGUCAAGACGGUGGGAUCUGAGGCGCAACAAGCUUUGCUCCGAAUUCAAUGCCAGACGGAUCUUGACCAACUACUUAGCGAAUCCGUAGUUUUUGCGCUGCUGUCA